CGUGGUUCACGUCGCAUUAGUUGCAAAUGUGGAAAUGGAUUCUGCAAAGUUUCGGAAUUGUAAUUGUUUUCUUUCCAAUGUGACCCGUUUAUGAAAACUUAAAGACCGUCGUCGCUGCACUAGAUCUUUAUGUUGUUCUGAAAAGCAGUAUUGGAUAAGACAGACGGGCGAAGAUGGAUGGUUGCGAAUAUUUAAUGUCAGCAGAAAACAUGGAUCCGACGUUGUCAGAACUUGGACAGGAGUUUACACUGGGUGACAUUGAUGAAAUACUCCAGUUUGUCACCAACCAAGUAGAUGACCUUCCUGACCACUCUGAAGACCAAAAUGCCCUGGGUUGUGUCCAAGGCAGCAGGCCUGGAGCCCUUCAACAAAUCCCUCAGACCCCACCAACACCACAAACCUCCAGUGCUGCAGUAUUCAAAACCAGCCUCCCUGUACACACCUCCCACACUGUCCCCAUCACCACCACUCUGGCUCAAGUGUUCUCUGCUCAGCCCCAAACCCGCACCCCACCCCUGCUCCAGCCAAAGCCCCAGCCAGUACCACAAAUCCAGCUGCAGCAGGCCCAGGUCCAAACUCAAGCCCUGACCAUUAACUCUCCAUCCCCACCUGGCCAUGCCCAGCCUCACGGUCUCUCAGUGCAAACUCUGGCACAGAGGGUGCUGUUCACACCUGGUCUGGCCAGUGGCUCCCAGUCUCAUUUCAUCCAGAACUCCCUCAUCUGCCACCAGAACCCCAUGUCUGGUUUCCAAGUCUUCCAACCACAAAUGCAGAACAUUAUGACCUCACAGCAUGUCCAGCCAAUGGCAUUUCAGCAUCAGAGCGUCCUGACCCAAUCGGGCCAGGCCAUCCAGACGCUGGCCACAGCCCAACCUGCAGUGCAGGCCAUGUCACAGCAAGUGCAACAGAUUCUGAUACACCAGCCCCAGAUGAUAACGACAGAAUCCCUGGUGCUGACCACUCUGAAACCCACUGUGACGCAGGUUCUGUCCAGCAUACACAACUCGACUGGUAUUACCGGCCUGACAACCCCCAUCCAGACUUCUGCCCUGCAAGUUCCAACCCUAUUGGGUGGCAAUGUUCUAACCACCAUGCCGGUGUUGGUGGGGGGCGGAGACAAGGUGCCAGUCAACCAGCUAUCUCCCGGGACAUUCCUGAGGGGGAGCAUGGACUACUUUGGACAGGAGCAGGGGGCGGGGAUAGGGGUGGGGUUUGGGCUGGAGGGAGAGGCAGUGAUGAACGAAGGAGAGAAGAGGUCCACUCACAACGUCAUCGAGAAGAGGUACCGCUCAUCCAUCAAUGACAAGAUCAUGGAGCUGAGAGACCUGGUCAUGGGCAGCGAUACCAAGAUGCAGAAGUCAGGGGUUCUGCGGAAGGCCAUUGACUACAUCAAGUACAUGCAGCAGGUCAACCAGAGGCUGCGGCAGGAGAACCUGGCCCUCAAGGUGGCCGGCCAGAAGGGCCGAGUGGAGGCAAACAGCACGGCGACAUCCCCUCCUGCCUGCAUUUCAGGCUCCAACUCACCACAGAAGGUCCCCCACUGUACAAACUCAGAGUCAGAGAGACCCCUGCUGGCCCAAGAGCAGGUGAGGAGUGAGCCGGACUCUGAGGGAGUGAUGGACCGCUCGCGUCUCCUCCUCUGUGUCCUCACCUUCCUCUGUCUCUCGCUGAACCCCCUCCCCUCGCUCCUGGGGUCUCGAGCCCAGGCCGGGCCCAGCUGGGACUCGGUAGAGCCUGGACACAGAGCCUCCAGAACCAUGUUCGGCCUACCCGGCCAAUCCCAGAACUACGCGGGCUGGCUGUGGGUGCUGCUGCCCUGGGUGACUGCGUGGGCGCUGAGCUGUGCUGGGGCAGUGUGGGGCUGCCUCCGGGUCCUGUGCCUCUGGGAGCCCGUCACCCCGCUCCACUCGCCCAAAUCCGUCUGCUUCUGGAGACACUACAAGCAGGCAGACCUCCAGCUCCACAGGGGUGACUAUGCAGCUGCAGCUGCCAGUCUGCAGUCCUGCAUCUCUGACCUGUCCAGAGAGCUCCCAGCCUCCUCUUUUGAUCUAGCUUGCUCCCUCUCCUGGAAUGUGAUCCGCUACUGCCUGUACUGGCCCGCCCCACUGCGCUGGCUGGGUGUGCAGAUUGCAGGGGGGCACAAGGGGGAGGAGUCUCAAACCAGUUGCCGUGACGCUUCUCUAGCCUAUCACAGGCUCAGCCAGCUACAGCUUACAGGGCACCUGCCCCAGUGCAGCAGUCUGUGGGCUCUGUCCCUGUCUCUCAGCGCGGUGAACCUGAGUGAGAGCGCCCGGGGGAAGGUGACCCCGGCGCAGAGGGCUGAGAUCUACGUGACGGCGGCCAUCGCUCUGCGCUCCACGCUGGGCCCCCGGCCCUCCUGCCUGCCUGGUUACCUGUUGAGCUGUGUGGAGAGUAUGGCCUUUCCUUCUUCAGACACCGCACUGCUCCCUGAUUGGCUGCAGUGGCUAUUUACACCAUUGGGAAAACAGUUCUUCAUGAGUUGCGAUUGGUCUGUGAAACUCAGUAGCCGAGAGGGGGUGUACACUUCUCAGAGAGACCCAGCCGACCCCAUUGCCCAGCUGCACGGCUGCUUCUGUGAGAGGCUGCUGGAGAGAGCUGUGCACACGCUCAUCCAGCCUGCGACCAGCGCGGCUCCGGAGAGCAGCCGAGAGAACUGCAGGGAGUUUGUGGGAGCCAUGGAGUAUCUCCAGCUGUUGAGCAGCUGCACAGAAGAAUCCCUCUGCCCCUCUAGCCCUGUCCCUCCCCCGCCCAGUCAUAGCUCUGCUACAGUUGGGGACCCUGUGUGCCGGUGGUGGGCGUUGGUCCUGAAGGCAGCUGUCCAUUGGCUGCAGGGUGAUGAUGCAGCAGUGAGGUCAUUGCUGGCUGAGGUGCAGCUCAUGCCCAAAACCCUGCAUGUACUAAAUCACCCUUUGCCCAAAGCUGUGAGGCAGCUGUGCAGGGCGGUGGAACUGAGCCUGGCCCCGCUGAAGGGGGAGGGGGCUCUGGGGUGCCUGUCCCAGUGCGACCGGGCCAGCGGACACCUGCGGGCCAGCAUCUCUGUGAGCCACGUGCAGUCUGGGAGCUGGCUGAACAAGGGGGUGGAGCUCCUGGUGUGUGACCUCCUGCUGACCCUGAGGACCAUUCUGUGGCAGCGAGGGGGCGGCCCCAUUGGUGAGCCUGGCCCUGCCUCCGGUGCCCAAUUGGCUGGAUUUCAGGCUGACCUCAGCUCUCUGCGCAGACUGGGGCUGUGUCACAGGCAGGCCCAGCAUAAGGUGUUCCUGCACGAGACGACGGUGAGGCUGAUGGCGGGGGCCAGCCCCACCCGCACCCAGCGUCUGCUGGAGCACAGUCUGAGACGCCGUGGACACCACCCCAACGAGACUACAGGGGGGGACUGUGUGCCGGGGGAGAGGGAGCGGGCCCACGCCAUCCUGCUGGCCUGCCGCCACCUGCCCCUGCCCCUGCUGACGCCCCCGGGGCACCGCGCGCGGCUGCUGGCCGAGGCCCGGCGCACGCUGGAGCGCGUGGGGGACCGGCGCUCCGUGCAGGACUGCCAGCAGGUCCUCCUGAGACUGAGCGGGGGAGCCACCAUCGCUGCCUCCUGACUGAGCACACACACACACACACACUCUCACUCUC